AUGGCUGACGCUUUGAAGGCAGAGGGCAACAAGGCCUUCUCUGCUAAGGACUAUCCUACUGCUAUCGAGAAAUUCACUGAGGCUCUUGCUAUCGAACCCCAGAACCAUAUUCUCUUCUCCAACCGCUCCGCUGUCUACUCCGCUCAGAACGAAUACCAGAAGGCUUUGGAGGAUGCCGAGAAGGCCAUCGAGAUCAAGCCAGACUGGUCCAAGGGUCACGCCCGUAAGGGAGCUGCCUACCGUGGUCUCGGAGAUCUCUUGGCUGCAUACGAUGCUUACAGUGAGGCUUUGAAGAUCGAGCCUGGUAACGCCCAGGCCAAGUCUGGUCUCGAUGCGACUCAGCGUGCUAUCAACGCGGAGGCUACCGCAGACGGUGUUACUGGUGACCCAACCGGUGGUCUCGGUGGAAUGUUCAACGACCCCCAGCUGUUCCAGAAGCUCGCCAAUAACCCCAAGACCGCCUCCCUGCUCGGUGACGCCGAGUUCAUGGCCAAGUUGCAAAAGAUCCAGAAGGACCCCAACAGUGUUGGGGAGGAGAUUCGCGACCCUCGCUUCCUCCAGGUUAUGAGCGUGCUUCUCGGUAUUGACAUGAACUUCGGUGCUCCUCCCGAGGGAGCCGACUCUCCCAUGCCUGAUGCUAAGCCCAGCACCUCCCAGCCCAAGAAGGAGCCUACACCCGAGCCCGAGCCCCAGGAUGAGGAGACUAUUGCCAAGAAGAAGGCCCAGGAGGCCGGUGAUGCCGAGAAGAAGAUCGGUAACGACUUCUACAAGAAGAAGCAGUUCGAUGAGGCCAUUGAGCACUACACCAAGGCCUGGGAGCUGAACAAGGAUAUCACCUACCUGAACAACAUUGGUGCCGCCAAGUUCGAGAAGGGUGACUACCAGGGCACAAUUGAGACCUGCCAAAAGGCUAUUGAGGAGGGCCGCGAGCUCCGCGCUGACUUCAAGCUGAUGGCCAAGGCUUACACCCGCAUUGGUACAGCCUACGAGAAGAUGGAUGACCUCACCCAGGCCAUCGAGUUCUACAACAAGUCCCUCAUGGAGCACCGCACACCCGAUGCCCUGACCAAGCUCCGCAACGCCGAGAAGGCCAAGGCCACUGCCGAGAAGAACGCCUACAUCGACCCCGCCGAGGCCGAAAAGGCCCGCGAGCUCGGCCAGCAGAAGUUCUCCGAGGGUGACUGGCCCGGUGCCGUCGAAGCCUUCACCGAGAUGGCCAAGCGUGCUCCCUCCGACCCCCGUGCCUACUCCAACCGUGCCGCCGCCCUCAUCAAGCUCAUGGCUUUCCCCGGUGCCGUGCAGGACUGUGACGAGGCUAUCAGCCGUGACCCCAAGUUCAUCAAGGCCUACAUGCGCAAGGGUACUGCUCUCAUUGCCAUGAAGGAGUACAACCGGGCUUUGGACACUUUCGCCGAAGCCGCUGAGAAGGAUGAUGGCACCCACGCCCGCGAGAUCGAGCAACAGCAGCAAAAGUGCCUGGACGCUCAGUUCAGUGCUCGCGCUGGUGAGACUGAAGAGCAGACCAUGGCUCGUAUCCAGAAUGACCCCGAGAUUAUGUCCAUCCUCCAGGACCCCGUUAUGCAGAGCAUUCUCCAGCAGGCCAAGAGCGACCCUGCCGCACUCCAGGAGCACAUGAAGAACUCCCAGGUGCGGAUGGGUAUCCAGAAGCUGAUGGCUGCUGGCGUUAUCCGCAUGGGACGGUAA